AUGGGAGACGAUGAAGGAUCACCACCGGCGAAGGAGCCUCCGCGGGUCGACCUCGACUAUUAUCUUGGCUCUGGCGAUGGGCCAUGCAUCAUAAUAACGCCGGUGAAGCUUCGCGGUUCAGUUAAUUACGAUGAAUGGGCAAAGGCUGUAAGGCGUUCAAUGAUUUCGAAGUUUAAAUUUGGGUUUGUGGAUGGUUCUGUUACCGAGCCUUCUACUGAUUCAAACAAGAUGAAGCAUUGGUACGCUGUGAAUUCUAUGGUUGUGUCAUGGAUUACGAACAAAAUUGACGAGACUCUACGGUCUUCCAUUGAAGACUAUGAUAUUGCGUUCGAAUUAUGGUGUCACUUGAGGAAGAGGUUUUGCGUGGUGACCGGGACGAGAGUUUGUCAUAUUAAAAUGGCAUUGAGUAGCUAUAAACAGGCCACCACCGAGGCUGUUACGGAGUAUUUCAGACGAAUGUCGAAAAUAUGGAAGGAGUACGUACAGUACGCGAGGGUGCCGAGGUGUACAUGUGCGGGGUGUACCUGCAAUAUCGCAAAGCAGGUUGGAGAAAUACGGGAGGAAGAUCGUCUGCAUUAUUUUUUAAUAGGCCUUGAUGAUCAUUAUGAGGCCAUUCGAGCCCAAUUGUUGGCUCAAACACUGUUUCCUUCUGUUGAUGAGGCUUACCAGACUGUGGUUAAUACGUAG